UCCAUCAUGGACAUUGGGAACCUUGGGGACAUGGAUUCAGGAUGUCCCCAUGUCCCUCUUGUGUCCAUCAUGGACAUUGGGAACCUUGGGGACAUGGAUCCAGGUGUCUCCAUGUCCCUCUUGUGUCCAUCAUGGACAUUGGGAACCUUGGGGACAUGGAUUCAGGAUGUCCCCAUGUCCCUGAUGGACAUUGGGAACCUUGGGGACAUGGAUCCAGGUGUCUCCAUGUCUCUUCUGUGUCCCUCGUGGACACUGGGAGCCCUUGAGGACAUGGAUCCAGGAUGUCCCCAAGAACCUCUGGUGUCCCCAUGUCCCUCAUGGACAUUGGGAACCCUUGGGGACAUGGAUCCAGGUGUCCCCAUGUCCUUCUUGUGUCCCCCAGGGACACUGGGAACCCUCAGGGUCAUGGAUCCAGGAUGUCCCCAAGACCAUCUUGUGUCCCCAUGUCCCUCAUGGACAUUGGGAACCCGUGGGGACAUGGAUCCAGGUGUCUCCGUGUCUCUUCUGUGUCCCUCAUGGACACUGGGAGCCCUCGGGGACAUGGAUCCAAGAUGUCCCCAAGACCAUCUGGUGUCCCCAUGUUCCUUAUGGGAGCCAUUGGGGACAUGGAUCCAAGUGUCUCUGUGUCCUUUCUGUGUCCUCCAGGGACAUUGGGAACCUUUGGGGACAUGGACCUUGGUGUCCCAUGUCCCUUCUGUGUCCCCUAGGGACACUGGGAACCUUGGGGACAUGGAUCCAGGAUGUCCCCAAGACCCUCUGGUGUCCCCAUGUUCCUCAUGGACAUUGGAACCCCUGGGGACAUGGAUCCAAAAUGUCCCCAUGUCCCUUCUGUGUCCCUCAUGGACACUGGAAACCCUUGGGGACAUGGAUCCAGGAUGUCCCCAAGACCUUCUUGUGUCCCCACAUUCUCCUUAAGGACAUGGAUCCAGGUGUCCCCAUGUCCCUCUUGUGUCUUUGUGUCCCUCAUGGACACUGAGAACCCUUGAAGACAUGGACCCAACCCUUGG